UGCCCCUUCCUCUCUUACUGCUUAGUACUCACUUCGCCUUCCUGCAAGGCGGGUGGGUGACGCCGUAAUGGCCACAGCAGCUCUCCUCUUAUCUACUCUUCCUCCUCUCCAAACCCACCGCCCCGCCCGCUGCCGCCUCCCCACCUUCCGACUCCGGCGGCAACACCGCCACCUCACCCCCAUCCGCGCUUUGCAGGAAACGGAGCAGAAAACCAACGCCGCCUCCUCCUCUUCCUCCGCCUCGGAAGAGAUCACCGAGAAGUAUGGCCUGGAGUUCGGCCUUUGGAAGAUAUUUAGCUCCAAGGAGGGGAAGGAGAAGUCCAAGGGUGAUCAAGCCAAGGAGCUGCUGGCCAAGUACGGAGGAGCUUACUUGGCCACCUCAAUCACCCUCUCUCUGCUCUCCUUCUCCCUUUGCUACCUCCUCGUCAGUGCUGGAAUUGAUGUCCAGGCGCUGCUCAAUCAGAUUGGGAUCGCCACCGAUGAGACUGGGGGCAAGGUAGGGACCUUUGCACUGGCCUAUGCUGCUCAUAAAGCUGCAUCUCCGAUCAGAUUCCCGCCCACUGUCGCUCUGACGCCAAUCGUUGCAAAUUGGAUAGGGAAGAAGCAAGAGAAGACUACCGACGAGUAAACCAUUCAACGGAAGAAGAUUACUCCAACUUAAGCAUCUUAUCUUUCCGUUCGACGACGGAUUCCAUCAGAAUUUUGAAAAGUAAUGAUUGUAGAUUGAUCACUGGUGUGAUAUCUUCAGUACCAGAAAUAAAAUACUAACUUAUGAUA